AUGGGAUCCCUUCCACAGGCCUCCCUUCCACAGGCCUGCCUUCCACCGCCCCAUCGCCCACCCCGUCGGUCAUUAUCAUCCUCGUCGUCAUCAUCCCACCAGUGCCCAUCAUCGUCAUCCUCAUCAUCGUCGUCAUCAUCGUCAUCGUCAUCGUCGUGGGUGGGACUGGGCCAAGGAGGCCUCGUCACAGUCUUAGACGGCAGUGUUAUGAGUGUUGACGGCGAGGAUGAAGAUCGGGGUGGCAGGACUGAAGACAGGGAGGAUGGAGGAGUUGGUCUGCUGGAGGGGAGGGGAGUGCGGGUUGGUGAGUUCGUUGUGCUUGAGGAGCGGGUCGGUGUUGGGGUUGGGCGGUUGGUGGAUGAGGGUGUUGGUCUGUUAGUUGGCGAGGGCGUAGGAGUUGGAGUCGGUCGUCGUGUAGAUGAUGGGCGAGGCGUGGGCGUCCAAAGUGGGCUGCUUGACGACAAUCUAGGCGGCGUAGGCGUGAUGCGCGAAGUCGGGAUUGGAGGCGUGCGGUGCGUCGAGGAGAGAGAGGUAGUUGCGCGCGAUGAGGGGCGGGGAGGCGAGCGGCUGGUUGAAGGUCUCGGUGGCACGCGGGUUGUGUUCCAUGAGGGGAUGGAGAGAGUUGGAAUGGGUAUGCGUGUGGAUCUGCGGGAGCGGGUAGGGAAUCCCGUAGGCCAGGGAGAUGGGGUCGAGAUCGGUGGUCUUGGUGUUCGUGUGGGGAAGGGGAUGGAGAUGUUGAGCGAUGGGACUGGCAAGCUUGUUGGUCUUAGAGAUGGUUUCGAGAUUGGUGGCCGUGGUGUCCGUGUGGGAAACGGGAUAGAGAUGUUGAGCGAUGGAACGGGGAUACUUGUCGGCCUCACUGACGGUCUCGAAAUCGGCGGUCGAGGCGUUCGUGUUGGGAUUGGAAUGGAGAUGUUGACUGAAGGGAUUGGGAAUCCGGUUGGCCUUAUCGACCUCGUUGAGAUUGGCGGCCGUGGCGUUCGCGAAGGGAAUGGAAGUGAAUUGUUUCCCGAAGGAAUAGGUAAUCUGGUCGGUCUUACGGUUGCCGUUGAGCGUGGCGGCCUGGGCGUCCUUGUGGGAACAGGCAGUGAGAUGUUGAGCGAUGGAAUGGGGAAACCAGUUGGCCUCGCAGGCCUCGCAGAGCUCGUGACGAUUGGGAUUGCGGUUACGCUCGAGGAGCCUGGGAGAGGGACAAUGAGCGACGGGAGGGGGACACUGGUUGGUAGAAUGGACGCGGUGGUUAUCGGUGGCCUGACAGUACUCGUCGGAUGGGUUAUGUUGAGUGUGAUGGGAAAUCCAGGCAGCGUCCCUAUACCGCCCCGUGCCGAAGAAGACUGCCCCGGCGAUGAAGACGGUGUGCUCGAACUCCCGAUGGACAACGAGGAAACGGGGAUGCCGGGGACUCCGGUUCCAACAGGUGGGAUUGUGGACACCGGUAUCUCUACUGAAGUGCUCAGGAAGAGACCACCAGAUGUCAAUGGCGGGUGGAGGGCUUGUGCCCGUGCCCCACAAAGGAGGCCAGCGGCAACAAGAAAGGUUUCUGUCAACAUAGCUCUUCCCCUGGACUAG